GGAGUAAAAGGGAAUAGGGAGGAUUAUACUGUACUACACCACAGUUCCUGACCAUCACCCAAGGAACAACUGCACAACUGUGGGAAGACAUCUCGUCCCUUCACAGCAUUGCUCAACACAAAGAAGGUUGGACAGUGAAACCAUCAUCUGGAAAUCGGUCAGGUCAGGGAGCUUUGAUGCAUUAUCAGAUCUGAAACUGGUCAGUGGUGGGGAACCUUCCAUCAGAACCAGCCUUUCUGAAGGUUCGGCUGUGGGUGAGCGAUCAGAGUGAGGCUGGGAGGAAGUGUGUGUGCUCCAAGUGUGGUGAGAGCUUCAGUCAUUCAUCGAGCCUCAUGAACCCCUGACUCAUUCCUACAGGGGAGAGGCUGUUCAAGUGUUGAGUUGUGUGAUGAGGGCUCCACAGGCCUAUAAGGUCCCUGACGAUUUAUCUGCAAUAUAAUUGAUAAUAGAAGGACAGCUACAUGGAAGUAAAACCCUUCAAAUGUGAGGUGUGCGGUAAAGCAUUUGCGAUAUCGACAACCCUCCUGAGACACCAGAUGAUUCACACAGGGGAGAAACCAUUCAAAUGUGAAGUUUGUGAGAAGGCUUUCACUCACUCCUCCCAUCUCGUGAGGCACCAGAGAAUUCACACAGGACAGAAGCCAUUCACAUGUGAUGUGUGUGAGAAAUCAUUCUCAAUCUUAUCCAACCUCCGAGUACACCAACGCAUUCACACCGGGGAGAAACCGUUUGCAUGUGAAAUGUGUAACAAAUCAUUCUCAUACUUAUCGAGCCUUAUAAGGCAUAAACGCAUUCACACAGGGGAGAAACCAUUCCUCUGUCAGGAGUGUGACAAAUCAUUCUCAUACUUAUCGCACCUCCGGAGACACCAAUGCAUUCACACGGGAGACAAAUCAUUCACAUGCGAGAUGUGUAACAAAUCAUUCUCACAGUCCGACAGCCUUCUCAAACACCAACGCACUCACACAGGGGAGAAACCAUUCUCAUGUGAUGUGUGUGAGAAAUCAUUCUCACAGCCAGCACACCUCCGUGGACACCAACGUAUUCACACAGGGCAAAAACCAUUCAUGUGCGAGGUGUGUGAAAAGUCAUUUUCGGAUGCAUCAACCCUUCGCCGACACCAGCGUAUUCACACAGGGGAGAAACCGUUUAUGUGCAACGUGUGUGAUAAAUCAUUCUUGACAUCAUCAAAUCUCCGUGUUCACCAACGCUUUCACACAAGGGAGAAACCGUUCAGGUGUGAGGUGUGCAAUAAAUCAUUCUCAUGGUCAUCAAACCUCUUGGUCCAUCAGAGGAUUCACACAGGCGAGAAACCGUUCAAAUGUGAGCUGUGCAACAAAUCAUUCUUGUCAUCAUCAGAUCUUCACAUGCACCAACGUAUUCAUACAGGAGAGAAACCAUUUAACUGUGAGGUGUGUGACAAAUCAUUCUCGAGAUCAUCAAGCCUCCUGCUCCAUCAGAAAAUCCACAAACAGGAGAUUCACACGGGAGAGAAACCAUUCACAUGUGAGGUGUGUGAUAAAUCAUUCUCUGUAUCCUCACACCUCCGUGUGCAUCAACGCAUCCACACAGGGGAGAAACCUUUCAGAUGCAAGGUGUGCGACAGAUUAUUCUCACGGUCAGAGAAUCUCCGAACACAUGAACGCGUCCACACAGGGGAGAAACCAUUCACGUGUGAUGUGUGUGAGAAAUCAUUCUCACAAUCAGGACAGCUCCGCACACACCAACGUAUCCACACAGGAGAGAAACCAUUCACUUGCAAAGAGUGUGAUAAAUCAUUUUCAGAUUCAUCGUCACUCCGUAGACAUGAGCGCAUUCACACAGGGGAGAAACCAUUCACUUGUGAAGUGUGCAGUAAGUCCUUCUCAUCAUCCUCAACCCUCCACACACACCAAAGUAUUCACACUGGGGAGAAACCAUUCAUGUGUGUUAAAUGUUUCAAAUCAUUCUCGGAUUUGUCAUACCUCCGCAGACACAAACGCAUUCACAUAGGAGAGAAACCAUUCACUUGUGAGGUAUGCAAUGAAUCGUUCUCAUCAUCAUCGACCCUCCGCACACAUCACCACAUUCACAUGGGGGAGAAACCAUUCACUUGUGAGGUGUGUGACAAAUCAUUCUCUCAGUCAGGGAUUCUCCGGGUCCACCAACACCUCCACAUGGGAGAGAAACCAUUCCUAUGCCAGGUGUGUGAUAAAUCAUUCUCGCAGUCAGAAAGCCUUCACAGACACCAAUGUAUCCGCACAGGAGAGAAUCCAUAUACAUGCGAGGUGUGCAAGAAAUCAUUCUCGAGGUCCUGGAACCUCCUGCUCCAUCAGAAGAUCCACACAGUGAAGUAACCCUUUAAUCGUGAGGUUUGUGAUGAAGCUUUUGUGAAAUCUUUGACCAUGGGGAUCCCACAUCGUUUACAUGGGAAUCACAUAUUUAUGAUACUUGUUCAGUGGCUAUGACAAAACUUUCACCCAGUCAGUCUAUUUCCUGGUCCAUCAACACAUCAAAGCAGUGAGGAAUAAGCAGUUGUGUUUGUACCCAGAGCAUUGACAAAAACUUAGCAAUGCUAUACACAGAUUGAGAGCCUCGAUAUUGUCUUUGCUUGUGAACAUUUCAAUCAGUAUCUGUUUGGGAGCGAGAGAGUGGUGGUGAAGUCUGAUCACAAGCAAAUUCAAAGCAUCUUUCCUAAACGACUUCUGUUUGUUCCAAAUGUUUGUAAAGAAUGUUAUUUAAUUUGGAGAGAUAUCACUGAAGUGAAGCACAAACAAAGGAAGCAGAUGUACAUCAGUGACAUGCUCUAUGGAGUUGUACUCUCUUCGGAGAAAGUUGAUGCUGGUACAUAGUGUGAAAUAUUGCAAGAUUCAACAAGAAGCAACAGCAUAGCAUACUCUGGAAAUCAUCAACCAAGCAGAGAUGUUGGAAAAGAUCUUUCAGUCUCCAUAUCAUCGGAAAUAAUUUAUAAACCCAAAUGGUGCACUGGAACCCUUGAACAUUCCAACAUACUGACCCCAUUGGAAUAGCCUGGGACACUUCAAGUUCCAAAAGGCAAUAUCCUGGCUCUCAGGGAUCCUCUGAAAAAAACUGACUUGAAUUUGUAUCAGAGUUUGAACAGUUGUAACGUACUUACUUGAAUAGUUGUAUGGCAAUUAUGAGCUGCAACCCCAAAUCUAUUUCUCGCCCUGCUGACAAUAUCCCUGACUGAUCCCAUCACACUGACUCUUCCCCAGCACACUACAUCAUACCUGCACUGAUCGUCCCGACUCUGUGUGGAUUUCUACACUAAUUCUCUUUGCUCUCUCUCUUCAAAUAUGACAGGUGCUUGUGAUAAAAAGAAGUCCUGAAAUCGUCAGCCAAGCAUUUGAAAGAGCUGUUCAUAACUUAUGACAGCCCAUGGAUGAAGCUGGGAGUAGACCUCUGUGCUCUCACUGGAACAUUUAUGAUAGAUGACAAUGAAUGGUAAAAUAAAGUAAGAUUUAAAAAAAAACAGCAAGAGCAUUAAAAGGAAUUGUCAGAAUAUAAAGGGUUAAAGCAGUAUAUGGAAAAUUCCAGUAAUACACGUGUAAUUACAGAUGUCAAAGGACAGAAAAUAAAGAAUGACCAUUCCUCUGCUUGAGAAACUGCUGAGGCCUGUCUAAUAGCUGAGAAAUGAGUUUACCAGUAAUGAAGAGACUGGAGGUGGUGAGGCUGUGACACUGAGAUCAGGGAGGUCAGGAUCAGGCAAUUGGAACUCCCAAAGUUAAAGUGUGGCUUGCACAUAGUUUUGAGAGAGAACUCAAAAACCAGUCAACGAACCUUCACUGGAUCUCCAAGACAUUUGACGAGGGUAACUGUCAGGUCAAAUUCCUUAAUUUAGAGACCAGGGGGCUUACACCAAUCAGGACAUUACAUGCCAUUUAGUGAUAGCUGAUUAGAAAGUUAGGCAUUUAACCUGCAGUGUAUUACUAUUAGGAAAAUAUAUUAACUUUCUUCUGUUUUCAAGAAGCAUUUGUUUAGCUUUGAAUAAGUAUAUCCUGCUUAAAUGUAGUAAAGCUGUAUUUUGUUUAAAGCUGAUGGAACUCUGAAAAGCCAAGUUUAAACAUUAGAGUAACAGCGAACAUGCACCAAGGCUAGUGACUGGUGGGUUAUCUGCACUAAAUGGGGCGUGUAAGUGCAUUUUAUGUAAAAAAAACUAUUUACAACUCAGAGCCUUUGAACUGUUCAUCCAUGCAUGUGAUUAAACCACUUAUAUCUUA